GUUCAAGAUAUACUUAGAUAUGUGUAUGCAUAUUAAAGGGUGCAUGUUAGAUAGUUGCGUUUGUUCGGUUACUAAACGAACGGUUACGACCGUAGUACUCUAUAUAAUUGUGUGUAAUGUUGUAAGGCCAAAUCGUUGAGAAUAAUUGAGAAGUUUUCCACUUUUUCAUUCUCUGUUUUAUUCUCUACCAUGCUUGUAUUUGAAGCAAUGGCUUCUGGUAUAAUACAAGAGCAAAACUUCAACAUCGAGAAGCCUUUUAGGGUACGAUCCGAUUAACAAACAGUACAAGGUACUGGCCGUAACCAAAAAUCGUCAUGGAGAGGGAUAUAUCCUGACAUUAGGAACUGGAAGAAUGUCAUGGAGGAAGGUCCAACUUCGAGGGAACCAUUAUCCUAAAAGUCGAGGAGGGAUAUGCAUCAAUGGGGUUUUGUAUUACCUAGCUGCUGGCUACCAAAACAUUGAGAAAAUAGCUUGUUUUGAUGUUAGGUCUGAGAAACUUAGGUUUCUUGACGAAGACUCUACUACCAGGAGCAUAUUCAGUUGUUCUUCUCGCAGCCUAAGACUGAUUAAUUACAAGGGUAAAUUAGGCGUGACCAGUUUGGUCCGAAUCAGGAACUACGGUCAACAAUUUAGUAGACUCCGGUUGCGGUUGUGGAUUCUUGAGGAUGUCCAGAAACAGGACUGGUUGCAUCGUGAAUAUUUGCCCGAGAAUUUUGUCUAUGAAUGCCGUAUGUCCGUUGUUGGAGUGACUGCUUAUGGUGAAAUUAUUCUGUCCCCGGAUUAUCUAUGUGCUAAACCCUUCGUUGUGUUGUACAUUAAUCCCGAAAGAAACACUUUGCAACAAGUUUUAAUCCAAGGUUUAGAAGCGCCUAAAAUUAGUAGUAGUGUUUACACCUUUGUGGACUAUGCAGAAGAUUACAGGUUUACGUGACACAGA